GCGAGAAGCUCUGGCGAGCUGCUCUUAUCGCGUGGCAAUUUCAUGGACGCGGGAAGCAGUGCCAAUCGUAUUGAAUUGGAGAGGGAGGAGGCGGGCGUAGUCGCGGCCUCCAGAGGACGCGGGUCCGCCAAACUCAUCCUGUUCCCGUCCGCCACACGUCCGCGCAGCUCUCAAGUCUCCGGGAAUAUGUUGGCGGACGUCCACCCGUUGUGUGCGCCAUGGCCAAUAGAAGAGGAAGAGGAGCUGGACAAAGACGACAGGGAGUGGAACUCCCGGGUGAAUCCGUUGGGUGCAUCAGAGGAGGCGCCAACCGACAUGGCAAGUCCCUCAGUAGCCGUCCCACGUAAAAAACAAAAGGGCGCGGCCGAUAAGGGACGAGCUGCUGGGAAAGUCAGGCCAAGGCGCGGGACGACGCACAGCGACAGUGCCAGUAGCAGUUCCGUGAAAAGGAGCGGGAAAAAGUCUUCGCGGGGCGGUUUCUUUUCCCGGAUCUGCUGCACUUCAUAA